AUAGCAGUGCAUAGACGGUGUUUCACAAUGCAAGCAGUUUUCAGCACUGUAACUGUAAUGUUGACAGAUUUUUUUUCACGAUUAAACUUUAGCUGUAUGCUAAAUAAACCAAUCACGAGCCGCCUGUUUGCAGCGCCUCACUGCAUGCUUCUACAUUAUUUCAGUUUUUAAAACAGGGGUGCUCAAGUCCAGUCCUCCUAGAGCGACCAUCCUGCAGCUUUCAGAUGCAUCCCUGCUCCAACACACUUGAAUCAAAUGAGUGGCUGGUUACCAGGCCUGUUUAGAGCUGAUCCCGGUCUGUUGGAGUAAGGAUGCUUCAGAAAGUUGCAGGAUGUUGGCUCUCGAGGACUGGUCCUGAGCACUCCUGUUUUAAAUGAACAGUGUUCCUGACGGCCAUUCUGGAGGACAUAUAAACUAGAGCCAUAGCCUGAGAGUUUGGAGGAAAUUGACUUUGUGAUUUAGUGUUUUUUUUAUUUUUGCACAGUAGUUUGUAGUGGGACAAUUAAUAAGGCAGGUAUCAAAAAGAGCAUACGCUUAUUCAAGAAAUGUUUACCUCAGUACAGUUUUUAAUGUGUAAAAAUGUGCAUAUGUAUUUUUGGAUUAAAAGACUAUUAUGUAAAAAGAGAAAUAAAAUUGCAAAUGCAUAAAUGUUUUCAGUGAAACACGAUUUUCAACUGGACAAAAACAGUCUUUGAAAGGCAAAUCACUAGUUUAUGUGAGAGCAGAAGCUCAUGAUGGGGCUCUUGCUGUAGCGGCCCCUAGGUUAUGGACCAGGUCACCUCUACAUGCUAAGCAGCUCCUUCACCAUCUCCUCUGAAAUCCAUCUAUUUUCCCAGCAAUCAGCACAGCAUAAAUUGUUUGUUCUUUCAUGGACGUUAUCAUGUUACUUGAUAUGGUUAUAUCUUUAGUUAUCCCCUUAGUGUGCAAUACUUUGAUCAACCAUUUGUUGUUUUCAAGUGUGCUUUACUAGAAGAUGAAUUGGACUGAAUAGCCAUGGUUUCUGCAUUAAAGCACAGCUCAUGUUGAUCCUCAAAACCAUGGUGUGUUUUUGCAACCAGCCUCUUUGAUCUUACCUAGUUAAUAAUAGACACAAAUCAUAAUUCACAUACAAUUGACAGUAAACUUAUGUCCCGAAGUCAAUGAUCCGAUGCACUUUGCUACACUUUGGAUCCAUUCUGACAUGAAUUUGUGUAUGUGAACUGAAAUAUCAGAGCGAGUCGUACUCGAUGACUGAGUGAACAAAUGAUCAUACAGGCAUUUUUCCACUGUCUGCCUGUUUAAUAACAGGAGGAUAGAUGUUGUGUAGUGCCAGAGUUAGCAGGGGGACCUUUAGGGCUAACUAAUGUUAGAAAAUCAUGGGAUGGUAAUAUUGCAGAUAAGCAUCAUAACAUCAUCAGUUGAAGUAAAUCCAUAUUUUCUUUUCUUACUGUCAUCUCUGCCUCGAAGACUCUGGGAUGUUAACCCCCAUUUUCACAGUCAGCUCUGAUGGGGUGAGCAUCUUCUAAAGUGAAACCUGUAGAAGUCGUAAAAUUAUUAUUAAAGAUGUGUGUAUAUAUAUAAAAAAAGCUAAUUAAAAUGACACUUUUUCUUAAAAUCUAAGGCAUACUGUUGUUUUGUACCUUUCUCAGCCAACAGCAAGAUUUUCUGCAGUCCAUUUACGUAUUUUGGUUUUCCUUCCGUCGCGACAAACGCUUAUUUUUUCCUGAAGAUGGACAAUUUGUGCCAGAAAGAGGUAAAAUUAAAAGUGAACAGAACCCCUGAAGAGAUGAUUUGGUUCUAUAGUUGGCUUUUGAGAUGCUCUCAGCUGUUUCUGCUGUGGCUUAUUCAGCACUAACUAACAGGCUUGGAGAAACUAAUGCAUUUGUCUGGAGAUGUGUAAAAAUCUGAACUAUUGAGAAAUUUGUAAACUUACCUAACAUUGCAUAGUUCUAACUAGGAUAAAAUUUGCAUUCCACUUUUGUCUUUCAUUUGAUCAUUAUUAGUAUUAUUCAUGUGUUUCUAUAUGUUUUUUAAGUAUCUCAGAUUCACGUUUUGUUGUACUGCUAAUUUUUUAAAAAUCAAUUUACUGAUAUUAGAAGACUGUGUGUAUAUCUUUGUGUAAUAAUUUUGUACAGUUUAUGACUCUGCAUUCUGUGCAUUCCUAUGACCUAGUAAACUUUAUUUAAUAGCUAUGCAGUUUAAGAUAAAAUUCUGCACAUUCUCAUUGAUUCUAACUUUGGAAGUGAUCAUUUGUUAAGUUUACCUUUUAUUUCAAGCCUGUUUAGAACUUUGUCCUUGAGAGAAAGCACAAUCAAAUGUGGAGAUCAAGGCCUGGAUUAACCUCAGACACUUCAGUGUUGUCAAUCUGCACAUGGAGGAGAAAAGAAGAUGGUUCUACUAAAAGCUGAGAUGUUUGAUUUAAUUGUGUUUAUCUGUGGUUUCAGCAAUUUUGUAUGUAUUUACUACUCUUACUUUUGCAGUUUUGAUGUUCAGUAGGAUAUCAUUUGGAUUAUUUAAAAAAAAAUUUCUGCAACUUCCAAAAAUCAUUUACUAAACUAUAAAUGUGAAUCGGGAUGUUUUUGUUUAAUCUACUCAUUAAAUUUUAUUUCAUGUCAAACAUUUGAUGCUACAUUUGUUUAAUGUAUGUCAAUGGCUUUAUUCAUUGUUUUAGGUCAUUUUAUUAUCUUGCUUUUGUGAUGUAUUUUGUUGUUGGGUGAGCUUUGGUAAGAACUUCAAAGUUGUGACUGGUAAAUUUGAUAAAAAUGUAUUUUAUUUCACAUAUUUGCUUAAACUGUUACUGUUCUGACAUGACUAUGGGAGAGAUAAUAAUAUGUGGGGGAAAAAUAUCAGGCUCCUUUUAGUCGCCCUACAGCCAUUUACUGAAAUACACAGAUUCUGGUCAGAAACAACUAAUCAAAGCCAGGUGGAAAGUCUUAGCAAUGUCAAUCAUGCCUGUGUAUGUGCUGCUCACACCCUUCUCCCAUUCAAAGCAUACUGUUCUUCAACCAGUGUGCUGCAGCUGUGCUAAUGGAGGAGAAGCAAUCUAUCAUUGCUUCUCCUCCAUUUCUCGAGUACUCUGCAGGCUCUGCCUUGGAGGGAGGCUGUAGUGUAGUAGAGGUAGCAGAGGGCUGACUGUUAACUUUUCAAGCUAGGUCCAUGGUUUUGUCUUAAAAAUGUACUCUUUAUUUCCAAAUAUGCUAGAUACAGUAGUUCACCACCACACACGUCUGAAAGCUUGUGUCAGUGAGAGCGAAGUCAGACCGUAUUCAUUGAAAAUUUAUUAAAUGGAUUUUUUUUAACCUUUUAUAUGUUUUUAUUGGAGUCGAGUUUGGUUAUAAAUAAUUAUAAUAAUUGCUUAAGACAUUAAAAAAAGUAGUAAUUACUCAGCUGGGAUCAAAAAACCUAUCAAGAAAAUAGCCUACCAAUUCAAUCUUUAUUAUUUAUACUUGCCUGAUGAGUUCUAGGUUUAAAAAUAGAUAAAAAGCCUAAGCCCAGCACUGGCAUUAUAGAUACAGAAAGAUGCUACACAUGUAUGGAAAGAACAUAGACAUUUUUUCUCAAAUAAACAAGCGCUAAUAUUAAGAAAAAUAAUAAGCUUUAGAGUUAAAACAUUUUAAUCAGCAAACUUGAUAUGUGAGUAACACAGAAGACUAUUGACAAAAUGAUGAUGAAAGUAAAACUAUUAGAAGCAAAAUGGAUAAAAAUAGAACCAAUAAAAUGAUGUAAUGAUGAUAGUGUGUUAAUUAGGUUUAACUAAUUUAGGUUUGUUUACACCAAAAUAUGCUAUGUGUGUUCAUCACUCAGUAACACCAGAAAUGUACAAAGUAUAGCACAUGAAGUCCAUAGAAUGUGCUACUGUAAUGGUCUAGUAUGAAUAGGACUGCUUAAAAACCAAGGAUUGUAUUGAAAUGUGUCGGUGAGGUAAAUUAGCUCUAAACUUACUAAGGAAUUAGUUUAGACAAUUUGAGAAACUUGGUAUAUAUAUUGGUAUGUAUUUAUAUACCAAGUCCAAACUUUCUACAAAAGUUUGGACACACUUUCUCAUUGAAUUCAAUGAGAAGGUGUGUCCAAACCUUUGGUCUGUACUGUAUAUAUAUAUAUAUAUAUAUAUAUAUAUUUGUUUGUAUAUUUUCUAUAACUUCUUGUAUGAGCAUUCUAAGAAUAAGACCAAAAUACUUUCUGUUUAUGGUUAAAGUUUGAGGUAUGAAAAUAUUUUGAAUAUUUAAGAUGAUCAUUUUCACAAGUUUACAUAAUAGUAACUAUUUACAAAGAAAUUGGGAUCACCAGCAAUGAGACCCCCUUUGGACCCUGCACAUCACUUUCACCUAUACUGAUGGUUGUUAUAGUUUUAUUGUGUAUGUCACUAAAACAUGAAUUCUGAAUACUCUCAGCCCCACUGUAGCAACUUCCCUAUAGACCAUAGUAUAGUGGGAGGCAACCAGCAGCUUGUUCCUUCGGCAGAACUGCAACAUCAUCAGGCCCCCCUGUGGAAUCCUUUAAUUGUGAAACACCACCCUCAAGACAACAGUGAUCGGGCUGGAGAGGAAUUUCUGAGAUGCCUUGCGGCCAACAAACCUCUACCAGACUAUCUCAAAGGGAACAUGACAUACAAUUUGUUGGAUGCAUUGAAGUCUGCUAAAGACCUGAAAGAAGCAGUCAAAGGAGAUCCACAGUUCCAGAAGCACGCUGGCAGGAACAAGAGUCGAAGCAGAAGUCGAAGUCGGGGCAGAAGUCGAGGGAAGUCUCGAGCCAAAAGCCGACCAAGAAGCAAAAGCAGGGGAAGAAGCAGAAGUAUGGGAAGAAGCAAAAGCUGUGUGCGCGGAAAGAGUCGAGCUAGAAGCAAAAGUAGGGCUCGCAGUCGGAGCCGAAGUCAGAGCAAAAAGAGUCACAAACGAAGUAAGAGCAAAGUCAGAAGGUCUAAGUCCCGUAGUGCAAGUAUUGAAAAAAAGAGGAAGAGGAGCCCUGUGCAUAGUAGUAGCAGUGUUGGCAGCAGCAGUAACAAUUUGACAGGAAAUAGUUUGUUGGAAGGACUGAAGAUGGUGAUGAAGAGCAAAGAUUUGGAAGAACGGUUACCAGCGCUCAAAGAUGCCAUCCUUGGUAUUCAGGUCUCUGAUGAAACCAAGAAGCUGGAAAGUACCUCUGCUAAGUGUAAGAUUGAGAAGCGGAACAACCUGGACAUUAUGACAUCGAUGGAAAGCGACAGCAUGUUGCUUCCUCAUGAGAGAGUUGGCAGUGACUUUUCUUGGCUCAAUGACAACGGUCAGGAGAACCUGUCUGUUCAGAAGGCUAGUGAGCUGGAGGAUGAGGAGUCUUUCCUGUAUGGGGCUGAACCACCUCAGAAUGGAGGCCAUGUCAAAGUGGACAAAAACCAUUCUUCUGGUGUUGGCCGUCACCAGAACACGUCCCUGUUCAGUGGGCUCAAUAAUUUGGUUGAUCCAAAACCCCCCCAACAGAUAUCUUUAUCGACUUUCUCCUCCGUCAGUCUGGAUAGCAUAGAAUGUGAGAAAAUCAAGAAUAUAUUAAGCAACCUGGGUGGAAAAUCAGAUAUUGGCAAGAUGCUGAUGAAGACUCAAGGCCAAAAGGAGGGCAGUGAGGCGUCUGGUGGACUAUUCAGUUCUGACACAGCAGCAGAGACACUGAGUAACCCAAAUGUACGGAAAGCUCUGGAGUCUCUGCAGUCUCUGAUCAAAGCAACAAAGGAGAAACGGACAAAAAGUAACGACCAGUCCCUGACCUCGUCUGAUAAACACAAGUCAGGUGACCAAGGUGACAAGAAAAGAGCUAAAAUGAAGCAAAUUGAAUCCCUAGUGGCAGAAAUUGAGGAGUUGCUUAGACACGAAGGACUGGGUUUUAUUUCCCCAGUGGUUGGGUUUUACUGCCAGAAAUGUCAGGAGUUCAUUGGAGAUUUGAAUUCUGCUGAAAACCAUGCAACUUUCCACCAAAGUCGGCUGGACAAGCAUACUAGAGACAGCAAAGGUCACAGCAGCAGCACCAGCAGCCAACCCUCCCAUUCAGCCUCCUGGAGUGACAGAGACCUUCAGAGGAAUUGGAAGGAUGAGAAGGAGCACCGGAGCAGCCAACGAGACAGCAGGCCUGAGCAGGCAAACAUCUGCUUUAAGGAAGAGAUGAAGAAGGAGAGGAUGCUCAUAACCGUCAGCAGAGGGCUAACGCCUCCACCUCAAAGUGUCGCUGUGAAACAGGAGAACAAGGAGCACGGGAAAGGCAAAGAAAAACCAGACAGCAGUGAUAAAUCAUCCAAAACCAGCAGAGAGAAACACAAGACGGAAAAUUCUGAGAGCUGUGACAGCAGCGAAGAAGAGAAAUCACCUAAAGUCAAACAUUCUAAAAAGAAGAAGAAGAAGGAGAAAAAGAAGAAGAAGAAGAGUAAGAAUUAAUGUUUGUAGAUUACGGGUUUCUAGGAAUGCUGGUUCAUCGCUGCAGCUCAACGUUAAAACUUUCAGGUCUUAAAUUUCGUCAAGAAACCUCUUUAUGUAUUGUUGUUUCUUUUGUUCUGAUCUGAGAAGAGAGUUCACCUUAAAAAUCCCAAAUUUAUUUUGCUGCAUUGGUAAGUUCUCCUGCACAAAGAAAAAACAUAUAGAAGUAUCUGUGUGUGUUACAGAGAGGGAUGCUGGUGGGAGUCACAACCUGGAUUGGAUUUAUGAGGCAGAUGCAUUUAAUUCCCUUCUUUCCAGAUGUUUGUCUUUUUAUCUUUAUUCCUCAGUCUGCAGUUUUAACAUGGUAUUUGGUGUUGGCUGACGGUAGGAAGGUCUCCAAAAUGUCGUACUGUCCUUGCUUUCUGACUCCACCGCGUAAACACAUUGAUCUUUACUGGCUCCGUUUAUGUACUUAUACAUUACAACUGGCUAAUUGUCGUCACAUUUAUUAUGAGUAUUUUCCAAUUCUUCUUUAUUUUCCUAUUUUUAUCAGAACUCCCAACAUGACACGUGUCUGUAUCUUGUGAGAUUGUAAAUAAAGAAACCAAACCUUUUUAAUAAAAUGUGUUAAAAGUCGGAUGUAA